UCAAUAUGAAGUUACUAGCAGCUGCCGUACUUGCAACUUUGGUAAUCAGUUGCCAUUGCAUGCCAAGCAAUUAUAAGGUGGACCAAAAAGCAGCUGGAAAGGUAGCAAGCAAUGUCGCAGUAAUAAAUACCAAGGAGAAGCCUGAACCUCCAUGCGAGAAGCCUGAACCUCCGUGCAAGGAGCCUGAACCUCCAUGCGAGAAGCCUGAACCUCCGUGCGAGAAGCCUGCACCUCCUUGCGAGGAGCCCCCUUGCGAGGAACCCACAUGGGAGGCGACCCGCUACGAGGAACCGGAACCCCCUUGCUAUGAACCAUGCUAAUUAAAUAAUAUUUUGUGUGAUCUCUAAUGUCUUUUAUAUAUAUUACUAGCUGUUCCCGCGACUUCGUCCGCGUGGAAUUUAACUUAUUUUUUUCUAAAAUAAAAGUAGCCUAAGUUACUCCUUAUUACGUCAGUUACCUGCCAAAAAAGUCUCGUUAAAAUCAGUCCAGCCAUUUCAGAGAUCCGUUCCGGCUAAACAAACGGACCGACAGACAGACACAAAAAUUGUAAAAAGUGGUUUUUGGUGUAUGUACCGUAUUUAUAUUCAUAUGCAUGUAGUAAGAAACGGUUAUUUCAAUAUUACAAAUAGAAACUCCAAUUUUAUUUAUAUGUAUAGAUGCAUUAUAUAGACCCAGUCACUCGCAAAAAAAUUAGCUUUGUAUAGUGAGAGAAUUGUUAAAAUCAGUAAUGUAAUAUCUUUUGGGUAAGCGCGCUACAUCCCAGGUAUUACCAUCAUUUGACGAGGUAAGACCAAGCGCAAUCACAUUAUUAAUUAAAAAAAUUCUUGUCACAGUCUUUAGGUACUUUCUAGGUCCUUAGUUACAGAUUAUCAGCUAUUACAAUGAAUCAAUUAUGAAAAAAGAAUGCAUUUAGAAUGUAAUAUCAAAAAUUGUAUAUUAUAACUAUUAAGAACUCUUCUAUUUAUAUUUAUUAUUAUUAUUAUUUUUAAUAACUAUUCAAAUACAAGCAUGUAAGUCCUAAAAUGAAUAUCAUAUUUACAUAACCUAAUUGUACAACUAAGAACCUAAAAUUAAAAAAAAAAUGUAUUAUAUUUUAAUGUGUCCAGUAUAAGCAAAGAUCAAAAUCUUACUUCGAUAACAUAAGUUCAGAGAGGAAUGAUUUAAUCUUG